UAAUAGUGGGGGUUCCUUUCAGUCUUGGGGUCCAAAAUCGUCCAAUCUCUAAGCAACCCAGUGAGUCAGCAGAGCUCCACGUGAAUAACCACUUAUUAAAGGGCCCGGACCCUUCAGUGAACAGGACAUCCGAUCUUGCUCGUGAUCUGGGAGCCACAGAGAGCUCGCAGAAGAUCUGGGCCAUGUUUCUCCAGGGCCUUACUUUGGUAGGCCUUGAAAAUCGGGCCCUGGGAGAAGGCAAAGUAAAACUCAGAAUUGUUGGACUUUGCUCCCGACCCUCCGGUCGAUGAUGUAUCACAGAAGGGCGUGGAGGGGGAGGUUGUCACAGAACCAGCAAGUUAGGUACUGGUACGUGUGCUGGUAGGUACAGAGAGAAAUUUUUCUAUUUUUUAAUUUGUCCGUCCAACGUUCUUACCCAGAGAACCAAGUGUAAUUGCAUGUAAUGGCUUUCAAUAUAUGUUGUUGACUUUGCAAUCUUUUUCAACAAUUGAGCUAAAAUAACUUGAAAGUCAACUUUAGAAAGCCACGGUCCCUUCGGUAGCCUGGAGAUACAAAAGUAAGUUAGGGGACUUUCCGUAUCAUAUUGGGACAUCCCACCUUGCUGGGCCUGGUCAUGCCCUCAUGACCCAAAAGGGUGGAGCUUCUCUAGUUAGCCUUCUCUUAUUUUUUAAAUACCUUUUUUAAUCUUGUUUUUUAAAACAAGGGUAUAGGGUUCACUAGACUGCCACAAGGGCGGGGGAGUCUAGUACGCAGACACAAGAUAGGAACACCAAGUCUAGAUGCUAGGGAACGAAAAGGUUUAGAGAAGACAUUGGGACAGUCCUGACCAAGGCCAUCGGACUACAUCUCCCAGAAGCCCCAGCGGCCUACGAGGGGUUGGACCAGUCCCCCCAAUCGACUUCCGGAAAGUACGCCCCUUCCAGAUCCUAUCUUCUCCUUCCUGGUGAUCAGCUCUGCUUCGUUCGGGCCUCGCCGCAAGCGUGUGGCCCGGGGACUGACCAGGCCGGGGAGGGACGAGAAGGAGCUCAGUCUUCUGAGGAAUCUGCCCUUCCCCUGACAGAGCAGCAUCCAGCAGACAUGGCCCCUGACUACCUGACUUCCAGGGCUCAGCAGGAGUCGGUGACGUUCCAGGAUGUGGCGGUGGACUUCACCCUGGAGGAGUGGGGCUUUCUGGGUCCAGCUCAGAGGGAGCUUUACCAGGAGGUGAUGCUGGAGAACUACUGGAACCUGGUGUGCCUGGGGCUUGUGAUUUCCAAACCAAACAUGAUCAAUCAACUGGAACAAGGCCGGGCACCCUGGACCCUUGAGGAAGAGGUCCUGAGCGGCACCUGUGGAGGGGAGCCAGAGUGGAAGACUGAAACUGAAACUAAGUAUUCAACCCCUAAUACAUUCAUUUUUUGGGAACAAUCGUCCCGGGAAAAAUUCAUAAAGGACACUGCCUGUGUCUCCAAAUUGGGAGAAGGCUCUGAAUGUCACUCCAGCUUAGAGAAGAAGGAGAAAAAGGAGAAGAAACAUUCCAGGCAAGUAAAAAUCACCCAGUGGAAAAUUCCUAAUGAAGCAAGAUGCCAUGAAUUAAAUCAGAAUGGCAAAAAGAUUUAG